CGAGUUGGGGUGAGAGGACGGAUGCUGCAAGUCUGGUGUUUAGAAAUCAACAUUCAGCUGGUGGUUUUUAUUUGUUUCUGAAUUUCAGUCUGCCAUCAUCUGGCUUUUACGAUUGGGUUUGUGAUAACAGAAGAGUCAUGCCCCCUCUCUCUUACACAGGCCCAAAUGGAGGGGGAGAACAGACUUCCAUAUCCAAUUUGCAAAUUGGAUUAUAUUGUGAGUUAUUGUCGCAAACACAUUUUAAGUGGAUCAGAAGCCAACAACUUCACAAAAGCUGACCUAUCAAAGCCAGAAGCUGUACAGAGACUGUACAUGAGAUGUCUACAGAUUGUUUUUGAUGCACGUCCAGAUUGCUUUUACAUGAUGCCUGGAGAUGAAAACAUGCCAUAUCCUCAACUUUCUGAAGGUUUUAUCCCACUUCUGAAUCUUUAUGUUUGCAUGCAUAAUUUAAAAUCACUCUGCGCAAUUCCAUAUUUUGAGAUGAGUGAUCUCUUGAAUCCUAAAUCAAAAGGUACCAUUGUCAUCAUGAGUGGCAUAAUCAACUUUCUUCAGUUCAGAAAAAGAACCCUCGAAACUUACCUGAACCAACAAAAAAGUUUUAAAUUGAAUCUGGAGAUGAUGCAACAGAUGGUUUCAUCAAAUGAAGAAAUGAAAUACAAAAUUGAAAGACUUAAUACCAUACCUCCUGACCAAAAGGCAAAGAUUGAUGUGCUGUCUGCAGAAAUAACUGAAUUGCAACAAGUCAUAAACCGUGAAUAUCGUCUCAAGCAAAAUUCCGUUCAAGAUGCAACUACACAGCUGAAGACUGAAAUUGCAGAGCAAAAUAAAGUGUUGGGUCAGCUAAAAUUGGACAUGGCCAAUGCAAAAGAACUCCAAGCAAAGCUCCGACCUUUGAUUGUGGAAUGCCCAGAACAACUGAACAGUGAAAUACAGUCAAUGAGGGAGACAGUAGAAAAGAAGAAGGAAGCCAUGCAAAAGAAAAAUGACAGAACAAUGGAACUUCAGGACAAGUUGGCAAGUCUUACCAAUUUCCAAAACAAAGAACUAGAAACUUACUGCAGUUUAUUGCAACAAUCCCAGACUGGCUCUGACCUUAUAAGCAGCGUGAACACUGAGAUUUGGAAUGAAGAAAAUGAGUUGGAGAGAAAGCAAAUGGAACUGAAAAACAUGCAGACAGAAGAAACUCGGUUGAAAAGGAUUCUGGGCUCAAAGCUUGAGAAACAGGAUAAGCUACAGAUGCAGAGGCAUAAGAAACAAGAAGCUAGGGAGCAUGAUCUUGAUUCAGUAGCCACGGAGUUUGAUAUGUUUAAGCAGCGAAGCCAGGAGGUGUCUGAAAAGAUUGCACAAAUAAACAGUGAACGUCAACAAUAUCAGACGAAAAGCCAGACAUUGCAAGAGAGCUGUGCUAAAGAUGAAUCAGAAUGUCAGAAUUUGUACUCCAAGCUGCUGGCUGAUCUGGAACAAUAUCAUGAACGUUUGGCUAUAGUGACACAGAAGGCUACAUUUGAAGGACAUAAGCAAAUGGCAGAACUAGAGAAAGCCAUGAGUGAAAGAAUUUGAAGCCCAACCUGCACUUCACUGCAAAUCUUUGUAGAUGUCUGAUUUUGUUAAUCUGUCUCCUGUCUGGUUUUUUUUUUUAAGCAAAUAACAAUUAUUCUUAAGUGUCUUACAUUGUUUCGCGUCUAAGCCCAGAUGUUUGUCACUGUUUGAACUAUUUUAUAUGUAGCUUCAUUUAAAAAGUACUGAGGAAAGCAUAAUUUCUUAGUGUAUAAUGAAAUGUACAUUUUCAUGUCUUUUGUAGUGUGCAAUGUUUGCUGACUUAUAACUUUGCAAUAAAAAUAAAAAUGAGCUGCACUUGUUAAAUGUCAUUGUUAAGAUACAAUGGGAAGUUUAUAUUAAAGAUGAUAUUUCUUUGAAAUACUGACCCAUGGAGAAAGAAAGGAUGUUUAUUCUGGAAAAUGAUUUGCUAUUUGUCUUUUUAUUCUGAGAAAUGAAUAACUCUUACUCACUUUCAAAUGCCCGCAUUAAAUAUUAGAGAAUUGCACUUUUUGUCUGCUCCAUUCACCCAUGUUAUAUUUCUUUUUCUUUUUUCUAUGCAAUGAGUCCCCUUUUAAAUAUCAUUAUCGUGCCCAUUAUCUGCUUUCAUCAUUCCUUUACUCUGCUGAAAAAAGUUACAGUACACAAAUUCUUUAUU